AUGCGUCUCAGACGCCUUUGCGAAACCAAAGCGUCCGGGCGCCAAUGGGUGGAUCAACAAACAAAGGAUGACUACAAGUCCGGGGGUGAACGCCGGCAGUGGUUGGAGCUUGCACUGCUCGAGAGUCUUAAAAAACACGGCACAAACAGAACCAACUACCAGAAAGUCAAGGCAGAGUUCUUGACGCGAGUGGUUCGGGUUAGGGAGAGGAUGAGCUCCAAGGAGCAGGAGGUGACGGGCAAAUGGUUGACGGAAGAAAAGAUGAAGGCAGACUAUGCCCCGCUGACCGUCAAGGCAAUCACAGCCUACUGCAGAAAGUUCCCCCAGGCAUUGGUGCGUGCCUGGAAAUAUAACAAUGAGGUGGAGGAAUUCUUUGUCGAGGAUGAAACGGUGGUGAAGGUUAAACGGGCAGACAUCUACCGGGAACGUCACACCACUGAGAUGGAUGACCUUCAGCUGAAAUGUCAAAUUUGUUCCCAUGUGAGAUCAUAUAUAUGCAUAUAUCAAUAUAUAUAUAUAAUCAUGUACGAAAGACAAUCUUGCUAUCUGAAACAUUCUGAAACCGUCCUUUAUAUCUUUAUAACAAAUAUAUAUAUAUAUAAAUGA